AUGACUGCAUUAAUGAAGACAAGAGGUUUACGUAUGUCUGCGCAAAAGCAGGAAACGCUUUUAAAAUUGACUGUGUUAUCCCUUGCAGCAAUAUUAUCAUUUGCUACAAGGUUGUUUUCAGUACUAAGAUUUGAGAGCGUUAUUCACGAAUUUGAUCCAUAUUUUAACUAUCGCACAACAAAGUACUUAGCUGAAAAUGGAUUUUAUAGUUUUCAUAAUUGGUUUGAUGAUCGAGUUUGGUAUCCUUUAGGCAGGAUAAUUGGAGGAACAAUAUAUCCUGGUUUAAUGAUAACAUCAGCAGCAUUAUACCGACUUUUAUGGUUAUUAAAUAUUACUUUAGAUAUACGUACUAUUUGUGUCUUCCUUGCUCCAUUAUUUUCUAGUUUAACAACAAUCAUUACUUACAUGCUUACCAAAGAACUGAAGGAUUCUGCAUCAGGAUUGUUCGCUGCAGCUAUGAUAGCAAUUGUUCCUGGUUAUAUAUCACGAUCAGUGGCAGGAUCUUACGAUAACGAGGGCAUAGCUAUCUUUUGUAUGUUAUUUACAUAUUACAUGUGGAUCAAAGCGGUUAAAACAGGAGCAAUUUAUUGGGCUACGUGCGCUGCUCUUGCAUAUUUUUAUAUGGUGUCUUCUUGGGGUGGUUACGUGUUUCUGAUUAAUUUAAUUCCUUUACACGUUUUAACGUUAAUGGUAACUGGUAGAUUUUCUCAUAGAAUCUACGUUGCAUACAGUAUUUUAUACUGUUUAGGAACAAUUUUAUCCAUGCAAAUAUCAUUUGUUGGAUUUCAACCUGUUCAAAGUUCUGAGCACAUGCUUGCAUUAGGAGUUUUUGGGCUUUGUCAGAUUCAUGCUCUAGUUGAUUAUUUACGCAGUAAAGUGUCACAGGACGACUUUGAAGUAUUAUUCCGUGGACUUGUUAUUUCUGCUGUCACCAUUUCAUUCGUUUUGGGCGUUAUUUUAACGAUAACUGGAAAAAUAUCGCCUUGGACCGGACGUUUUUAUUCACUUUUGGAUCCAUCUUACGCAAAAAAUCAUAUACCCAUAAUUGCUUCCGUUUCGGAGCAUCAACCAACAUCGUGGAGCUCGUUUUACUUCGAUCUUCAGAUUUUAGUGUUCUUAUUUCCAUUAGGUUUAUACUUUUGUUUCUCAAAAUUAACGGACUCUAAUAUUUUUCUUAUUCUAUAUGGAGUCACGAGUUUGUACUUUGCUGGUGUAAUGGUUCGUUUGAUGUUAGUCCUUGCUCCUGUAAUGUGUAUUCUGGGUGGAAUCGGAGCCUCCUCUUUACUUGUUACUUACAUGAAACAAUUAGACAGAGGAAAAGUUAGCGAUAAAAAGUCUAAAAAGUUUGAAAGUAAUUACGUACUCAGAAGUGAGAUUGCUACGUUUUUCAUAACCCUAAUGUGCAUUCUGUUCUUUUCAUAUGUCAUUCACUGUACAUGGGUUACAGCGGAAGCUUAUAGUUCACCUAGUAUUGUACUAUCAGCACGUUCACCCGACGGUGGUCGAAUGAUAUUCGAUGAUUUCAGAGAAGCAUAUUACUGGUUACGCAUGAACACACCAGAAAAUGCCAAGGUGAUGUCCUGGUGGGAUUAUGGAUAUCAGAUCACAGCAAUGGCGAAUCGUACGAUCUUAGUGGACAAUAAUACAUGGAAUAAUACUCACAUAUCAAGGGUUGGUCAGGCAAUGGCAAGUUCUGAGGAGAAAGCUUAUGAAAUAAUGAGAGAACUAGAUGUUAAUUAUGUUCUUGUUAUUUUUGGAGGACUUACGGGCUAUUCGUCCGACGAUAUUAAUAAGUUCCUGUGGAUGGUACGGAUCGGUGGAAGCACUGAAAAAGGAAAAUCAAUAACAGAAUGGGAUUAUUAUAAUUCAGCAGGGGAGUUCAGAGUUGAUAAAGAGGGUUCUCCAGUUUUGCUCAAUUGUCUUAUGUACAAAAUGUGUUAUUAUAGAUUUGGUCAGGUUUAUACCGAAGGGGGAAAACCUUCUGGGUAUGACAGAGUCAGAAAUAUGGAAAUCGGUAAUAAAGAUUUUGAGUUAGAUACGUUAGAAGAAGCCUACACCACAGAACAUUGGCUUGUACGAAUUUACAAAGUGAAAGAUUUGAAAAAUAGAGGAAUUUAAAAAUGAUGAAUUAGUAACAAAGGAGUAACGGUACCACAACUUUUGUAAAUUUUUUCAUAAAAUUCCAUUCACUUAUAAGUUUUAUAAUUAUCUAUAAGAUACCAACGUGGCACUAAAUACAGAAUUACAUAUUUCUAUGAACAGCAGUGCAAUCGAAACUUUUAUAAAAGACGUAUAAAAUCCUCGCCAUAAACAUUAAUUUAGUAAAUGUAAUUAUCGAUUCAUAAGAUAAUUUAGUUUUGAAAGUAAUAUUUGUUUCGAACGAAAAAAGCGAACAACAUAUUUAUUCUAAUAGCGUCUAUUAAAAUAUAUUCCAACACUUGUAUGUUGAAUGGUCUUUGUAGUAUAUACGAUUUUGUUAAGUUCUUGGAUAAGCCUUUGUCAUUCUCCUCGGGUCCGCUUUCGAGGAGGGGUGGGAACCCGGUGAAGCGCGAUACUGUAAAAUUUACGGUUCAUAUAUUUCAAGGUGCAUGUCUGUACUCAUAGCUUUUGUUUUGUAAACGUGUACAGACAUGCGUGGUCACCGGUGAGAGUAAAAAAAUAAAUGUGAACAGACAGAAUUUGUUUUUAUACAUAUA